GCCCUUAUACCUCCUAUCUCCUCCCUCCUCUCUUGCUCCCCGAUCGACCUGCGACGAAGCUCUUGCUUUGUACUGUCUUGGGAAGCAUUUGUUGACCUAGCUGGCGUCCCAGAAUGACAUCAAAAGAUCGCGCUCCCAACACUUUGACAGAAGACGUCGAAGAUGUAAAAACUCAUGCCUUGAAUGAGAAAUUACGGGAUAAUGCCCGACAAGGAGAUUUAGAUGCCAUAUAUGAAACACUAGGCCGCACCCCAAAGAUUUUGGAUCAAAUAGAUAAAAUCCCUUUUAUCCAGACUCCACUGCACGAAGCUGCGGAGGCCGGCCGGACCUAUUUUGCCAUACAAAUCUUGAUCUUAAAGCCAUCAUUUGGUAAGAAGUUGAACACAAAUGGGGAAAGUCCCUUGCACCUGGCUCUGUGUAAUAGAGAAUUGGCGAAACGGCUCAUCUCAUAUGACAGUGAGCUCAUCCGGGUAAAAGGAAGCGGGGGGAGAACCCCUUUGCACUGGGUAGCUGAAGCAGGUGACACUGAUCUGUUGGCGGAGUUUCUCUGCGCUUGUCCAGAGUCGAUCAAGGACUUAACCAUUCGAGAUGAGACUGCCUUUCACAUUGCCGUGAAACAGCGUCAAGUAAUUGCUUCUAGAUUGAUAUUCGAGUGGAUCUGGAGGAGGUACAAUGGCGAGUUGCUGAUCAUGAAGGAUGAUAGCGGCAACACCGUGUUGCAUAUUGCAGUGUCCACCAAGCAAGACCAGAUUGUGGGCUUGUUAGUUCAAAAAGCUCCCAUACUUAGAAGGGAAAAGAAUUCAGCAGGCAGGACAGCCCUUGAAAUUGCUGCUCCCGGAGAUUGGACAAUUAAGAACAUACUUUUGGGGGGUGGAAAAGCUCCUCCUCUUCCUCCUCCUCCUCCUCCUCGUGAGGGUACAAAAGAUGCACCUAGUCUCCAUAACUUUCUGCUUUCACCAGAGAGACGUCUCGAACAAGUUCUUAGAUUCAUUCUUUACUGCCGAAGGGACUUGUCCUUGGACAUGCGCAAUAUAGUACUACUUGUGGCCGUACUUAUUGCGACGGCGACCUUUGAUGCUCUGGGAAAAUCUGAGAACCAAUCGUCUGAAAGCUCUACAUCCACCUCCGGCCCAAAUUUGGGUUUUUGGGUGUUUAAAAAGGGGUUUGACGAGGGCAAUGUCGUAGGAUAUGAGGCCUAUUAUUUGAUAAACACGAUGUCCUUUACAUCCUCAAUCGCAGUGAUGAUUUUGGUCCUAAGUUCAAAGCCUUUUACUUCCUUUCUUCACUUGUCGCUGGUGUUUUUGGCCCUCAGCUACGGGUACAAGAUGCUAUACGUUUCCGCAUGGCAGACCGUGUUUCCUGUCAGUCUGAUUGUGUUGGUUUAUACCUCCAAGUUAUACUUUAAGAGUAUCGAGAGGGCAAUAAGGAUGGAGAUCCCCGCGAUUUGGAUUGGAAUCUACCCCAAAUGGCAUGCCUGCCCCCCUGUCCCCUGCCUCGAACGCCUUCGGAUGGUAUACUGUCUGAUGGGUUGAGUAUUUCGAUGAUCAUUAUAACUAUAUAUAAAUAUGUUGUGAACUGAAAUAAAAUUGAAAAACAAUAAUAGGGUUGAAUUUUGAUUGGAUAAAUUUGAAUAUGAGGCUAUGAAGUAUGGACUAUGGAAACAUCAGAAAGCGCAGAUUGAACUUCAGAUGAAAUUCAACUCCCAAGGAAAAAUGGUGUGUUUGGAGGCUACAGUCCUGAACUUCAGUUGCACCAUCAUGAUUGCCUCACUGCGUCAACUUUCAGCUUGGUUUCAUGGUUCGGAUAUGUUUUCUGGUGUGGAAUUGGCUUGUCUUAUGAGUUGUGUUUUUUGAUAAUUUUUUUUUUCCCUUAAUUUCUUUUCUGGGGAAUAAGCCCUCUGUGAGGCUGUGAGAGGCCUGUAAUUGGAUUGUGUUCAAUGUAUUGGCUUACUAUAAGAAGAAA